ACCCCUCCGCGACACAAUAGGCGAUAGGCCUGUUCAUUCAUCGCAGGAUGACGGUCACUGUUCUCAUUCUAGGAGCUGGAGCCAUUGGAGCUUUCUAUGCCAGUCGACUUGCCCAUGUUACAGAUACCCAGAUAUCAGUCGUCUGUCGCUCGAACUACAAAGCUGUGCAUGAAAGAGGAUUCGUGGUAUCGUCGCCCAAGUACGGAACACAGAUAUUCGUCCCAUACAGAACAUUUGCGAGUCCAAAGGAAGCGGCCGACUCCAAGCUCAUUUGGGACUUUGUCGUCAUAAGCACAAAAGCCCUCGCAGAAGAUGACUCGGGGAUUCUGACGGGCCUGGUGGAGGAACCGCGCACAUCAAUUGUCCUGAUUCAGAAUGGACUCGGUGUUGAGCUUCACUAUGCCAAACGAUUUCCAACUACGCCGAUUCUCAGCGCAGUCACCAUUGCCAGCGCGGAGCAGACAUCUCCGGGGAUCAUCAAGCACAAUCGCUGGACACGAAUCAGCAUCGGUCCCUACUUGCCUCAGUCCAAUGGGAACAUAAGUCACGGGUUGGGAAAGAGGGCACACGAAAGCACUCAGAGUUUUGUGCAGUUACUGAAAGCAGGGGGGAUUACAGAUGCCGAGGAUUACUCUCAUGCAAAGUUACAGAUGGUCAGGUGGCAUAAAAUCGCUAUCAAUGCAAGCAUGAACCCGUCGGCCGUCCUGUCUGGCGGUUCGACAAACAACGAGAUGUCAAUGGAUCAAGAGCUGUACAUCCACUUGAAAGGUGUUAUGGAUGAAGUGUUAGCCACUGCAGAGAAGGUUCUGGAGACACCGUUACCCAAGGAGUUCGCAUCUAGUGAAGCGAUCUUGAAGAGCACCCAAAAGAACACAAGUGGAAGUAAACCUAGCAUGCUGCUGGACUGGGAACAAGGGAAGAAGAUGGAGUUGGAAGUUAUCUUGGGGAACCCUAUACGAAUCGCGAGGGCAAAAGGGUUUGAGAUGCCCCGGCUCCAGAGCUUGUACGCUCUCCUACGGAAAGCAGAAGAGAAAAGAGAACAGUCACAGAGCAAAAGCAGCAGACUCUGAGCAACACCGUGGCUGUUAUUGACUUACAAAGGCCGCCAUUAUGAACCCGGAAACGUUCCUACUCUUCGUGCAGCUACUUACCCUUUUUUCAGGGACCCAGACUGACAAGGAGUGACCAGAAUAUACACUGUGUUGCUCAAGUCCAGGCCUUAUAGGUAAUACAUGGUCAAAGUUCGGCAGUCGGGACUCAUCACAUCAAAUGUCCAAUUGUCACGUACUCGUCUGCUUGAACGCUCUGACGGGGAGUCAAGCAUUGGCAUGGCAAUAAUGUAUAGUUCACAGGAGUGCUCCGGAGUACCACCCUUCCCAGCCAUUACUAGGAAGCCGAGAGUCAAGAAUGCACUGGAGCAUGCGUGACAGUGAGCACUGCCUCGCAGAGUAUGGAUUAAUGAUCAUCUCUUUCGCUCUUUUUGACAGGCUUCUUGCUUGAAUAGAAUAGAAAGCGAGUGUUGGAGAACUCUUGAAGAAAUUUGAUUUCAACACCUAAUUCUACCAGUGUAAAAUGUAUUGGAAUAUGAAAUCGCACCCAUAGACUCAUAGUGUUGAGUUGUCUUGCUGCCACCAACCUGGUACCGUUCCCCCUUUUAUCAAGCAACGCUUCUUAGCGAGAUCUGAUGGGGAUACGAGUAGGUCGUCAACUUAAUAAUGUCCUUCCUUAAUAGUCGGUUCCCCUUUGUGAGGCUGCGAGCUCUCGCUUACAGUCAGUGAAAGUAAGUGUCACGCGAAAG